AGCAACGUCUCUCCUGAGCGUGUGACAAAUGACUUCUCCCACACCGGGCCAGGAAUCCACUUUUCGGCCAGCAGAGCUGCAGCAGAGGACGUUCGUUCCCUUCCCUCCGGUCGCCUCACGCUAGCACUGAUCCCGUGCACUACUCUACCGCAGGGAGAAGAGGCCACGAGCGAGGCAGCAAGCGAGCUAAGGCUCUAGAGGUGUGUAAAAAUGGCAAAGAGAAUUGCAGAGAAGGAACUGACUGACAGGAACUGGGAUCAGGAGGAUGAAGCUGAAGAGGUGGGAACGUUCUCAGUAGCUAGUGAAGAAGUCCUCAAGAACAGAGCUAUUAAAAAAGCAAAGCGCCGAAAUGUUGGAUCAGAGUCUGAAAGCGGAGGAGCUUUUAAAGGGUUUAAAGGCUUUAUAUUGCCUUCUGGAAAAGGAGGAGGCUUCAGUGGAUUUGGUAAUGGUGCAGGAAUAAAGCCUUUAGAAGGGCUGUCUAAUGGAAGCAGUAGUGUCUCUAGCACUCCUUCUUUCAGCAGUUUAAAGACCACCUCCGAAACACAAUCAGCAUUUGGAUCCACACUGUCAAAUGGUCCUACUACUACUGCAUUUACUGAGAAAAAGGCUGCAAGCCCAAAAGCUAAUGGUGGCAGUCAACCGUCCUCAUCUGGCUACGCUCAGAGUAAAGUUUGUAGUUCUAGUGUUUACCACAAACAGUUAGCAGCUUUAAACUGUUCUGUGCGUGACUGGAUAGUUAAGCAUGUAAACACAAACCCGCUAUGUGACCUGACACCCAUCUUUAGAGACUAUGAGAAGUACUUAGCAAAUAUCGAACAGCAACAUGGAAGCAGUAGUGAUAGCGGCUCUGAAAACGAAAGCAACAAGACACCUGGCUCUCAGUCUGUCUCUACAUUUGGGAAUUCAAAGCUACAGCAAGGAUCAACUUUUUUGUUUAACAACAACAAGACUGAGGAUACCUCGGACAAAAAACCUGAAGCUGCAUCUGAAAAAAAAGACGCAUCGUUAGGAGCUACAUCAACAGUCUCAUUUAAUUUUGGCAAAAGCGUUGACAGUUCUGUUUUGGGUUCCCUUGGUUCAGGAACGCUUAGUGGAUUCUCAUUUUCUCCUGGGAAUUCAGGUUUGUUUGGAAAAGACGCAAACCAGGCUAAGGCUGUCACUGCAGUAUCCACCAAUGUAUUGGAAGCUCAGACAGAAAGUGGCAAUAGCGAUGAUAAAGGAGGAGAAGAGGAGGAAGAAGAGCCACCAAAAGUCAUUGUUAAUGAAGUAAAAGAGGAUGAUGCUUUCUACUCAAAGAAGUGCAAACUAUUCUACAAAAAGGACAAUGAAUUUAAAGAAAAAGGUGUAGGAACAUUACACUUAAAACCAGCAGGAAAUGAAAAAACUCAACUCCUAGUUCGAGCGGAUACCAAUUUAGGAAACAUACUGUUGAAUGUUCUAAUUCCACCUAAGAUGCCAUGUACAAGAACUGGAAAAAACAAUGUUCUUAUAGUUUGUGUUCCUAAUCCACCGAUUGAUGAGAAGAAUCCAACUGUUCCUGUCACUAUGUUAAUAAGGGUGAAAACAAGUGAGGAUGCAGAUGAGUUGCACAAAAUCUUGCUGGAGAAAAAGGAGGCUUAAAUAAGUUGCAGUCCAGUGAUUUGAGGAAUUAUUGCCAAACUGCUGCUGCUCUUUUUUUCUUCCAUAACUUCACUUGAACACUUAACUCUUUACUCUGAUAUUAAGAACUGUUAUAGGAAUUCUGGAAAAAUUCUGUGAGGAAAAGCUAAACUAGCUAAUAAAAGCUUUAAUAGAACACAAGUGUUGGACUGUGCUCCCUCAUUUUUCAAUAUCUAAAUGCAGGACCUCUUCUGGAUAAAAGCACAUUGAUUUAAAUCAAAGCAUAUGUUUUUAACAGCAGUUGAUUUGACCGAAGGGACUGAAAUCAGAGUACAAAAAUAUGGUACCAGAGCUUCCUGACAGACUGCGGCGCAAUGCAACAACCUCUUGUUUUGAGAAGGGAGGAUGUUGAAGUUUAACUGUUGAAACAGUUUCUAGGCUCUGGAUUUUUAAUUUUAAUUGGUCUGUCAUAUUCUGGCGAGACUUGUUUUUCAAACUGUGGGUGACAACAGUGCACCCUGUGUUGUACUGUGUUCUGACUCUUACAGACUCGUGUGUGCUUUUGGGACAUCUCCAGCUAUUUAAAAGAAAACUUGCUUGCGUAGUCUUGUUGACAGUAGUGUUUCUUAGAGAAGAACUGUUGGUUCUGUUCUUACUGUAGCAACAAGCUAAUGAUGUGCAAUAGUACAAGCAGACAACUGGAAGACUGUUGAUCUUGGACCACACCCACAGCCGGCAUUCGCUGACUUCUGACAAGUCGGAGGCGAAGGGUCGCACUUCCAUUACGGUCCCCCCAGGUAUUCCUCCCUCCUCCCCUGGGCUCAAACCGACACCCACCAGAGGCAGAGUUGUAAAUGUUGUACUUGUCUUGCUACUGGUACUUUUCUGAAGGUAUCUCUUUUCACAAAGCAAAAUUCAGGAUUUUUAUAGAUCUUUAUAUUGCCUCUGGCCAUUACCAAGAAUACAUGCAUAAAUGUGAGUGUGUGUCUGUAAUUAUUUUUCCUGUGUGCUAAAACUGCAGUGCUUUACUGCGUUACGUUAAGUAAAGCAGUAGUUGGCAGCUUUAGGACAAGCUUUUUGUUGCAGAAAGAGGGAGCGCUGGGUUAAUCUAUAACUUAGUUUUCAGCUCUUAGAAUUAACCACGUGGCAAUAACUUGUGGAUCAGACCAUCGCACUGUUCUCAGUUUCCACCUCGACUUUAUCAGACCAUGUUCAGUUAUUUAAUCCUUUUUUUCAAAUCUUGUUUGCUGGAAACUCCUUCCCUAACACUCGUUUUUCUGCUUCACUUCCAGCUCUGGAAACUAUCCAAGAGCUGGAUGUUCGUAUUAAACUCGAACUGCUCUCUGAUCUGUCCCACUGACCACCUCUGGGGAGAUGGAAGAAACAUGCCAACUUGCCCCUGGCUAAUGCGGCACAGAGGAAAAAUAGAAUCAAAAUCCCUUUCUUUAAAAGAAACAAGUGUGAUGCAAUUCUCACAGGGGACCUGGAAAUCCACCAUAGUGGCAUCCUAUGGGUGGGGAAGAAGUAGUAGCACCAUCUGAUGAGAUGCAGCACAUCUUAGUGGCUCCCCACUGCUCUCGGGGAGGGGGGGAACAACAGCUGCCUUUAGUCCUCAUUAACUGCACAAUUCAGGUUAUGGCCUUUUUUUUCCUCCUCUUAACUAGGAGGAGGAAAAACUUUAUAGGAUCUAUAGCCCUCUUGACCAAAGUUCAAAAAACAAAGGCCUUUGCUCGCAUUUCAGCUACGCUGAGGUCACAGGAAUUGCAUUUUUAACACUCAAGUGUAAAGAAAGCGUAGAUACAAUAUCAGAUAUUAUUUGAAAUAUAAACUGGUGCCUUUUUUUUGCAUCUGGCUCAGUACUUACUUUUAAUGGGUAAGUGACAAAUAAAAACAAUGUGCUUUUUUUUUUUAAAAAAGGAGUCUUGCUGAUGCCUAAAUGGGAGGCCAAAAGCUGUAGGCUUGCAUGUUAAUUGUGUAUGAACGCAAAGCAGAGGAUUGCCUAAAAGUCUAUGACAGGCUCAGGUUUAGCGCCCAAGGGCUCAGUUAACUUUGCAUUUGUCAUUUGACUGUUGUGUUUUAAGACACUUCUCCAUGCAGAAAGGUUUAUAGGCUGGAGUGCUGGACACGGGGUACGUGGAUUUGUUCCGCAUCCCGCUCUAAGAGCAACCCUGUAGCGACUCUGUCAGUGGUCUGGGGUCUGUGCUUGUUCUACUUCUGAAAGCUGGUGGAUGGGUAACUCCUCUUUCAUCCAUUGAAAUGUGGACCAAUCAAAUGAGCAAGAGAUGAACUUAACUUCCUUUCUGUCCUCAGGAUUAGCCUCCAAAGUGAAGCAGCCUUGGGGUUUUGCACUCCCCUGUUUGGCCCAAUUCUAGAGCUGGCAAACCAAGUAACGGCUGCAGUGCAGCUCUGUCACGCUUUCAAGGGUGGGAUGCUCUGAGGGCGAGCACAGAGUGCAAGGAAAAAUAAGUAGACUAAUAAAAAAUUGUGUUGGAAGAAUUAAACCUUACAAUAUCCCUGGUAGCAAGUAGUAGCUUCUAGUAGCUGUGGGAAAAUUACUUGAGAUGAGACACCUUAAUUCUUUAGCAAUGUACAUAUUUAUUGGUAAAGCUAGGGGAAGGUAUAUGUGUUAAUUAGAAUGUCAAAUACAUGCCUAAACAUACGAUUUUAAGCAUUUUACACAGGAAAAGUUGCCACUGAAAAGAACAGGGAAAAAUUUUACUGCAAAUUCGAGAUUUCAAUAAACAUCAUCCAUAGUGACCCUGCAAUUGUCUGGACUAUGAGGCAGGAAAAGCAAGUCAUAUGCUUUUCACUUGGCCUUCAGUUAUAAAGCACAACCCUUCUCCAGUACUGUGAGAAAAGCAAAUUUUUGAUGGCGCUUCAGUUUCUAGUUAAGAAAUACUGAAAUGCAUAAAUACUGUACAAGGCCAGAGAUUAUAUUACAUGGAAAUAAAGGCCUAAAACGAGGUAAAAGCAGAAGUGAGUGGAGAGCAUCAAAAUCAAUACACAAAUGCCUUCGUAGCAAAAGUGGCACAUGCUAUAGAAGGAAUGAAUUCCAAUCAGAAUUCCAAUGCCAUGUGGCAUUCCUAAAAAAAGGUAGAUACUGCAUAUAUUUGACAGGUGACUCUCAGAUACCUGAUGUUAAAGAUGCAAAUUUCCUGCACUGUUUCAGCUGUACAUAGGUGUUGGGAGUGUCUUCUGGAUCGUGCAUUCUUCUUUCUGCUGUAAUUCUGAAGUUUCAGCUGCUUAAAGAUCUUUCCCUCUCACAUCCCCAAAAUAGAAAAUCAAGGUCUCUGCUUCUUUUAAUUAUCGGAAUCACCUGUAAAGGAGAUUAUUACCCUUGGCUUGAAUUUUAUUUUAAAAUAUUAAAUUGCUAUAUGCAGGGGUUUUUUGUAAAUGUACUUAAAAUUACCUAUUUGGGAGCACAACAGCGUGUUCCUCUAAUCCCUUCUGGUUGAUGGAUGUGGAAGUUUAAUUUAAUUUUACAGUUCAAAAGCACACGUUUGUAGAACAUACAUAAACCAGUUAGGAGGUACGCUUUACAAUUAAGAACUUCAGCUCCCUUUGCAGCACUGUAACAUUUAAAAUGUCCUUAAAGACUUACUUUCUGAUGCCUUAACUUAUUUGCAUUUGCUAAAAUUUUGUAGCUGGUGCCUGUGUGCAGAAAUUAACGGACAUUACACAAUUUAAAGUGGCAUGAGCUAGUAUAAAUCCAAUGAAAAUGCUGAAUGUGAUGAUUUGUUAAUAGAUUUCAAACUGCUCUGAAUUUUUCAGUGGAUACCUAAGUUUCACAUAACUUGUCAUGUAACAAUGUUUUCAUUAGUUUUAAUACGUUGAGGAAGUGUACAGAAAUCCAUGGAAAAUGUGAAUAAAUGAAUGGGAGCUAAGCAUCUUGUGUGUAUCACUUUCACCUUGAGGGUAUAACACUUGUAUUAAUAAAAUGAAUU